CUUGGACAGGCCAAUCACGACGCCGGGGGUGGGAGGGGGAAUAUUCCGUCGACGUCGGCCGCCGGCACGGCCACGUGGAGAGCUGCGACCACUUUGCAAUUCGUGCUCUCUCACGCCAUGGCCCCUCCCCACAAUGCUGCCCAUGGCUUCGACAUCAUGCGCUCACCGAGCUUGAACAAGGGUCUUGAAUUUACCCCCGGUCAACGCGCGGCGCAGAACCUCCGCGGCCUCCUUCCGUCCGCCGUGUGGACUCGCGAACAACACUUGGAACACGCCAUGCUUCAACUCCGCAGCAAGGCCACCCCGCUGGAAAAGUACAUCUUCAUGCAAUCCAUGCAAGACAACAACGAAGAAUUGUACUAUCGCAUGCUCGUCCACUACACCCACGAACUGAUGCCGAUUGUGUACACCCCCACCGUUGGCAAAGCGUGCCAAGAGUUCAGCCACAUCUACCGUCAAACUCCGCGCGGCUUGUACAUUUCGAUCAACGACGUGGGCCACGUGCGCGAAUUGUUGGACAACUGGCCAGAGCACGACAUCCGCGCGAUUGUUUUCACGGACGGCGAGCGCAUCUUGGGUCUUGGCGAUCUCGGGAUCAAUGGCAUGGGGAUUCCCGUUGGCAAGCUCGCGUUGUACACGGCGUGCGCUGGCGUCCACCCGAGACACUGUCUCCCUGUCACGCUCGACGUCGGCACCAACACCCAAUCGAUCUUGGACGAUCCGUUUUACAUGGGCUUGAAGCAAAAGCGCGACCGCACGGAGAAGUACGAUCAACUGGUCGACGAGUUCAUGCAAGCUGCUAAAGCCAAGUAUGGUCCCCAUGUGCUCCUGCAAUUUGAAGACUUUGGCAACACGAACGCUUUCCGCUUGCUCCACCGCUACCAAAACACGCACUGCACGUUCAACGACGACAUUCAAGGCACGGCAUGUGUUGUCCUCGGGGGCCUGUACGCCGCGGAGAAGCUCACGAAGAAGCCGCUUGCCGACCACACGUUUGUAUUUAUGGGCGCCGGUGAAGCUGGCACCGGAAUCGCCGACUUGAUUGCUAUGGCCAUCGCCAAGGAAGCCAAUUCGACUGUCGAGGAAGCGCGCCGCCGCAUUUUUUUGGUCGACUCGCGCGGCUUGGUGACCAAGGACCGGUACGAGUCGCUGCAACACCACAAACUCCACUACGCGCACGACCAACCGGCCGCGGCCACGCUACUCGAGACGGUCCAACGCAUCAAGCCGUCCGUGUUGAUUGGGGUGUCGACGAUCGCGCAUUCGUUUUCCAAGGAAAUUUGCGAGUUUAUGGCUGCAACGAACGAACGACCGGUCAUCUUUGCCCUGAGCAACCCGACGAGCAAGGCCGAAUGCACGGCCGAAGAAGCGUACACUUACACGAACGGCACGUGCGUGUUUGCGAGCGGAUCGCCAUUUCACCCCGUGACCCUGAAUGGCCACACGUAUGUGCCAGGUCAAGGCAACAACGCCUACGUUUUUCCUGGCAUUGGCCUCGGCGUCGUCGCCGCGGGCCUCACCCGCGUCGACGACAACAUGAUGCUCAUUGCUGCCCAGACCCUAGCGGACAAAGUCACAGACGCCGACUUGGCCACCGGCAGCGUGUACCCUCCGCUCUCGUCCAUCCGUCAAGUAUCGCUCGACAUUGCCGCCGCCGUCGCCGAUUAUGGCCACAAACAAGGGUACUCUACUGUCGACGCCCCGUCGUCGUGGAUGGACCACUGCAAAGCGGCUAUGUACACUCCAUAGGCACCACGAUAUCCCCCACAAAUCACACGUUUUCAUGCGUCAGA